AGACGGUAAUGUUACCUCGGGGCAGCCAGCAUCAUGAAUCACCACGACCACCACCACCACCACCAGGCAUUCCUUGCACAGCUGCAGACCCUCGCUGAUUGCGGCCUCGAUUACUCCAUCUCUCGUGAGAUUUUUUGUCUCUCUCAGCCACAAGCCAGUCCGCAUUGAAAGAAAUCGCAAUUGCGCCGAUCUGCACGUUAGCGCUGGCCCAGCCUACAUAAGGUGCUCUCAGAUCGCCCCGAAAGCGGAGGAUUUUCAUCUCGCUUUGCCAGACCCUCCAUCUAUUGAACUUCUUCGGCCUCUGCAAGUCAGCCUCGAUUUCCCACCAGAACCAUUCCUUUCACCAUGGACACAGCCAUUGAUCUCUCGGAUGCCUCCAAGGCGCUGGACCUGGCCAACAUCCGGUUCCAGCUGAUUCGUCUUGAAGACACCAUCACCUUCCACCUCAUUGAACGCGUGCAAUUCCCCCUCAACAAGCCCAUCUACACUCCAGGCGGGGUAAAAAUCCCCGGCACCUCCCUCAGCCUGCUUGACUACUUCCUCCGCGAACAAGAACGGCUUGAAUCGCGCGUCCGUCGCUACCAAUCCCCCGACGAAUACCCCUUCUUCCCUGACGCCCUGGAAGAGCCCAUUCUGUCCCCGAUCGAAUACCCCAAGAUCCUGCACGACAACGACGUCAACGUCAACGGCAUCCUGAAACAGCGCUACAUCGAGGACAUUCUUCCCGCUGUGUGUGCGCAGUUUGGUCGCGAGGAUCGCGGCGAAGCGCAGGAAAACUAUGGCUCUGCGGCGACGUGCGAUGUCAGCUGCUUGCAGGCGCUGUCCAGGAGAAUUCAUUUCGGGAAGUUCGUCGCGGAGGCCAAGUUCCAGAAGGAACCGGAACGGUUUGUGAAGAUGAUCAAGGAGAAUGAUCGCGCUGGCAUUGAUGCAGCCAUUACGGAUAGUAAGGUCGAGCAGAAGGUGCUGGAGCGGUUGGCGCUGAAGGCUAAGACUUAUGGUACCGAUCCUGGGUUCCAGUCGGAAAAUGAGCCCAAGAUCAAUGUUGAAGCCGUGGUGGCUAUGUACAAGGAAUAUGUCAUCCCUCUCACCAAGGUCGUCGAGGUGGAUUACCUGAUGCAGCGACUGAAGGGCACUCAAUGGGAGUAAUCGCGCUGCCAUCUCCAUACGGAGCACAUGCGACGCCGUGAUGAACAUCCAUAGAGUUAGUCAUAGUAUAGUCAUGAGAUUGAUAAUAGACAAC